AUGCAAGAACCAUCAAUUGAAGAAGAUCGAUCUGAAAAAGAAACUAUUAUAUCAACAAAAUGUCGAUUUCUUCUUUGGAGUUGUGUUAUUAUUCCAAUAUCAAUUAUGAUUAGUAUUGUUGCAGUAGUUAUAUUCAUUCGUUAUCAAUCAUCAUUUUCAUCCAACAAUAUUCUAUGUAAUCCAUUAAAAUUUUCAGAUUAUACAAGUUAUCCAGCUGGAAGUGACCCAUGGUCAAUAAACAAUGGUUAUUUAGAUGGAGAUUCUUUCCUUGAUAUUGUUGUUGCUAAUACAUUUGAUCCAACUAUUAGUAUAUACUAUGGUUUUGGAAAUGGAACAUUUCAAAGUCAAAAAUUAUAUAACACAACUUACCAUGUUUUUUAUGUUGCUGUUAGAGAUAUGAAUAAUGAUAAUAAAUCUGAUAUAAUUUUAACUUAUUCGACAUUAAAUCAAAUUGCCAUUUUAAUCAAUAUGGGCAACCAAAAUUUUAAUUCACCAAUAACUUAUCCAGUUGGAAAUUUUCCAUUUUGGAUUGAUGUUUCAGAUUUCAAUAAAAAUAAUUUAUUGGAUGUUAUUGUUGUUAAUGACCGUGCCGCUUCUGUUACUAUUUUAUAUGAUUAUUAUAAUUUAUCAUUCAGUUAUUCUAAAACCUAUCCUUGUGGAGAUGAUGUUACAGGUGUAUCUGUUGCAGAUUUUAAUAAUGAUUUAUAUCCUGAUUUUGUUACUACUGAUUAUAGUGAUAAUACAAUUAGUCUCUAUAUUAAUCCUAAAAAUGGAAUAUUUAAUCAUAAGAAAAAAAUUUAUACAAGUAUUGGACCAUGGGGUAUAGCCACUGCUGAUUUAAAUAAUGAUAAUUUUAUAGAUAUUGUUAAUACUAAUUUUGUUUCAUUUACAAUAAGUGUUUUUUUAAAUGAUGGACAUGGAAAUUUUAAUAAAUGGGAUACAUAUUAUAUUGGCGGAACUACAAUGUCAGUUACAUUGGCUGAUUUAAAUAAUGAUACAUUCAUUGAUAUUAUUGCUGCAAAUUUUGGUGAUGAUUUUAUUUGCAUUUUUUUAAAUAAACAAAAUGGAAUAUUUGAAGCAUGCCAACGAUUUAUCACCGAAUGGAAUGUUAAUUCUGAUACAACUGGAGAUUUCAAUGUUUCUGCUGUUACAACUGGAGAUUUCAAUGGAGAUAACAAAAUAGAUAUUGCUCUUUGUACGGGACAAAGUACUAUGAAUGUUCUUUUAAAUCUAUGUUAA